CGGGAGGCUGCCACCAUCUCCCACUAGCUGUUGCUAGGUGGCAAUUCCUCCCGGAGGAACAAAAGCUUAUUGUACUGUGAUUUCUCCCGUUUCCUGUCAGCUGGUAUGGAGAACUGAGUGCCGGAUGUGACGCUUUUGGGGGGCAGGGAAUGCUUUGUGUUGUAUGGAACAGUGGAUAAUAGAGAUCUGGGAGCCGCUGGCAAGUAUCGGUUAACCCUGGGAGAGUCAGUAGCAGUGGGAGCAGAAAGAUGUCGAUGGAAGAUCCGUUCUUCGUUGUGAGAGGCUGGUAUGGAGAACUGAGUGCCGGAUGUGACGCUUUUGGGGGGCAGGGAAUGCUUUGUGUUGUAUGGAACAGUGGAUAAUAGAGAUCUGGGAGCCGCUGGCAAGUAUCAGUUAACCCUGGGAGAGUCAGUAGCAGUGGGAGCAGAAAGAUGUCGAUGGAAGAUCCGUUCUUCGUUGUGAGAGGGGAAGUACAGAAAGCGGUGAACACUGCUCAGGGCUUGUUUCAGCGAUGGACAGACCUUUUGCAGGAUCCAUCUAUUUCUACAAGAGAAGAACUGGACUGGACAACCAAUGAAUUGCGCAACAACCUCAGGAGCAUUGAGUGGGAUCUGGAAGACCUGGAUGAGACCAUUAGUAUUGUGGAGUCCAAUCCAAGGAAGUUUAGUCUGGAUCCAGCUGAACUGAGACAAAGAAAAGCCUUCAUCAAUGAUACGCGUCAGUGUGUAAAGGACAUGAAGGAUAGGAUGACAAGCCCUUCUGUGCAAGCACUGACUGAGAAAAAGAACAGACAGGCCCUUUUAGGAGAGGGGACAAAGCAUGGCUGGAAUCUCGAAACAGAAAAAUAUAAAGCUUUGGACCAAGAACUUGAGAAUGUUAACUCCCAGUUUUUAGAUGGUCAGGUUGGGCAGCAGCAGCUUAUUAUGGAGGAGCAAGAUGAGCAGCUGGAGCUAGUAUCAGGCAGCAUUGGUGUCCUAAAGAACAUGUCCCAGCGUAUUGGCAAUGAGUUGGAUGAACAAGCAGUAAUGUUGGAUGACUUUUCCCAUGAACUGGAUACUGCUCAGUCCCGCAUGGAUAAUGUGCUUAAGAAAUUAGCAAAGGUAUCUCACAUGACUAGCGAUCGACGCCAGUGGUGCGCCAUCAUUAUCCUUCUUUCUCUACUGCUGGUAGUGCUGAUCUUGUUCUUUGCCCUGUGACUUACAAGGUUGUUGUUGAUAUGGGACAUCGUACGAUGGAGUUAAAUUACACAGGACUUUUUUGAUGUGGACAUGACGAGAUGUUGACAGGGACAUCUGUGAUGUCAGUGUAGAUAAUGUGCUACACAGAGUGUGCUUUUUACACCUAAACAGAGUGUUGCUGUUAACCUCCUGCCUUGUUACCAAAGGCAGUUAUUCACUGGAUUAUUGCUGCAGUGUUUUCUCUGUCACUAUUUGCAUCAUACUCCCUUCCCCAGAUCAAGAGCAAGGAACUGACUACAUAGUUGUAUACAAAUAUGCAUUCAAAAGUAGCAUUUGCCAGAGGUUGUGCUAUACUACGUAUAUUUGCAUUCUGGAAUUACAUUUGUGCAACGCCUGCCUUUAGGAGGACUUCAUAAUGAAGUGAGAAUACUUGCAAGUUUCAUUGGAGCAGUAAGGAAAGCUAAAUUACCUUGCUUGAUGCGGGCAUUUGAUCUGAAUCAUUUUUCACUAUUUCAUCUACAGUAAUACUGGUGAAAAAAAACAUUUCUGCAAGGGUGAGCUUGUAAAUUAAGCUGUGCUUAUUGUGAUAAAACGGGUGACAUCUCUGAGAGUAUGCCUCACAGGAGAACAGUCUGAAAUUAUAAUGGAGCUGUUCUUUAUAUCCCCCCUCCAUCGUUUUCUUUCAGAUCUAUUUUGAUCCUGGAGAUCAUGCAUGUAGAAUUUCAAAAAGUAGUGUCAUCGUAAAGAAGUUUUUAUUUAUUUUAGAAAAAAAAAAGCAUCCUUUCUUUGGGUGGGAUUUUCUGAUCUAAAUCUUUCAGUGUUAAAGGAAUGCACCUAUGUGAACACUACUGAAUCUGUAUUAUUAUACUAUUUUUAAUGGACAGGGAUUCUGAAUAUUGCUGCCUUGCACUGCUGUACAUUAUGUGGUUUUCUGUAUCUCUGAACUGUGUGUGGAACCCAUGCUAUGGAUGUCUUUUUAAUGGAAGUAAGCCGUUUAACUGUUCCUUCGCAAAUGUAUGUCAUCACUCCAUAAAUAUGGCACGAAUGGUCUUGGGGUUUAAUGGGGGAACCAGAGUACUUCUUUUUAACUGUUCUUGAGAGCUGAGCACAGAUCAAGUUGUUUUGCCGUAUGUAUGGCAUGUGCUGUAUGUUUGGUGGGGCAGGAAGCUUAUUUAACCAUAACAUGGAUUUGGUUACAGAUAAUAUUUCUGUACUGUAUGUGCUGCAUAUAACAAUGUUUUAUUGCACUGAAUGAACAAACAAAAUAUUUUUACACUUGGGAAACCGAUAUGUCCGUGUCUGCCCUGUAAAUUUUUAAUUGAUUUGGAUUGUUGGACAUUCAUUCAUAAUUCAUCAUGUUUAUAACAUGGAAUAUAUUUCUGUCUCA